GCGAACAACCUUCCUAUGUACCGACAUAAAUUACUAAGGAGCCUCAAGACCGGGACAUACAAGUUUGUGUCCAGCAAGAACUUGCUGGCACUGGACUGUCGUUCUCUUCUGGAUCAUCGGGUUGGCAAGGGGGUUUGUGGCUGCUGCGGGGCCCUCAGGCCUCGAUACAAGAGACUGGUGGAUAACAUCUUCCCAGAAGACCCAGAGGAUGGGUUGGUCAAAUCCAACAUGGAGAAGCUGACAUUCUACGCCCUGUCAGCUCCAGAGAAGCUGGACCGUAUCGGGGCCUACCUGUCUGAGAGACUGUCUAGGGACGUAGCUCGGCAUAGAUAUGGGUAUGUGUGCAUUGCCAUGGAGGCCCUAGACCAGCUGCUGAUGGCCUGCCACUGUCAAAGCAUCAAUCUGUUUGUGGAGAGCUUUCUGAAAAUGGUGCGCAAACUGCUCGAGUCUGACAAACCCAGCUUGCAGAUCCUCGGCACAAACUCGUUUGUUAAAUUUGCUAAUAUAGAAGAGGACACACCAUCAUACCACCGUAGUUAUGACUUCUUUGUGUCACGCUUCAGUGAGAUGUGUCACUCAAACUAUGAAGACCCUGACAUCCGCACCAAGAUCCGCAUGGCAGGCAUUAAAGGUUUGCAGGGUGUGGUUAGGAAGACUGUCAAUGAUGAGCUGCAGGCUAAUAUCUGGGACCCUCAACACAUGGACAAGAUUGUCCCCUCUCUGCUUUUCAACCUUCAGAGUGGAGAGCGUACAGAGAGCCGUUCUCCCUCUCCGCUGCAGGCAUCGGAGAAGGAGAAGGAAAGCCCAGUGGAGCUGACGGAGCGCUGCUUCAGGGAGCUGCUGGGACGAGCCGCCUAUGGCAACAUCAAGAACGCUGUGACACCUGUCCUGAUUCACUUAGACAACCACUCUCUAUGGGAGGGAAAGAACUUUGCAGUGCGUUGCUUCAAAAUCAUAAUGUACUCCAUCCAGUCCCAACAUUCUCAUCUGGUUAUCCAGCAACUUCUUGGUCACCUGGAUGCUAAUAGCAAGAGCUCAGCAACUGUGCGAGCCGGGAUAGUGGAGGUUUUGCUGGAGGCAGCUGCCAUUGCAGCCAGCGGUUCUGUUGGCCCCACUGUGUUGGAGGUGUUCAACACUCUGUUGAGGCAGCUUCGUCAGAGUGUGGACUAUGAGUUGACUGGAUCUUACGAUGGAAGCACCAACAUUGGAACCAAGAUUAUCAAAGCUCAUGAGGAGAGGCAGCUGCAGGAGGCUGUCAUCAGGACCAUUGGUUCAUUUGCCAACACCUUACCGACCUACCAAAGAUCAGAAGUCAUGCUCUUUAUAAUGGGCAAGAUCCCUGUCCCUGGAGUUCACCUAACUCUGCCACCUUCUGGUUCUGACGAGAGUAUUAGGAUGAUUCAGGUGAUGUUACUCAAGUCCUUGGUUCAGGUGACAGCAGGUUUCCAGACCACCAACAUGCUGACAGCGCUGCCCAGCUCAUUCCUGGAACCGCUGCUGUCUCUCUCUCUGACGGAGGAUCCAGAGGUUCGACUGCUGGUGCUCCAAAUUCUUCUCAGUCUCAUCGACAGGCACGACAACGUACCCAAGUUUGCCCAGAUAAGCAUCAUCUCUGACAUCUCUGUUCUGAAGCUCAAAGUUGACAAAUGUUCCAGACAAGACAAUUUAUUCAUGAAAAAGCAUGGACAGCACCUGUAUCGACACAUCUACCUGGGCUGUAAGGAGGAGAGCAGCGGGCGAGAGCACUACGAGACCCUCUUUGCCCUGUUAGGCCUUCUCAGUGUGGAGCUGGCUAAUGAGGAGGUGGUGGUGGACCUCAUUCGACUGGCGCUUGCCUUGCAGGACAUGGCUCUGUCCACAGACGAGGCUAUGCCUGUUUAUAACCGCUGUGCUGUCCAUGCCCUCGCUGCCGCUUACCUCAACCUCAUCUGCCAGCUCACCACAGUUCCAGCCUUCUGCCAGCACAUACACGAGGUAAUUGAGGUGAGACAGAAAGAAAGACCUUACCUUUUGCCUGAAGAUGUCUUCAUUGAGAAUCCUAAGCUGCCUUCUUCGCUGGAGAAGGUGGAAGGUGAUGUCCUGUUCCUCCAGUCAAAGAUCACCGAGGUCCUUGGAGGAAGUGGUUAUAAUACAGAGAGAUUGGUUACACCUUAUAUCCCCCAGUAUACUGAAGAGGACCGGCUGUCGAAGAGAAAGAGCAUCGGAGAAACCAUCUCGCUUCAGGUUGAGGUUGAGUCUCGAAACAGUCCAGAGAAAGAGGAGAGAACACCAGCAGAGGAGAUCACAUUUGAAACACUGAAAAAUGCCAUAGUGGACAGUGUUGGUAUGGAAGAGCAAGAGAGGGAGCGGAGGAGACAAGUGGUGGAGAAGUUCCAGAAAGCUCCCUUUGAGGAGAUAGCCGCCCACUGUGGUGCUAGGGCCACAAUGCUGCAGAGCAAACUAAAUCAGAUCUUUGAGAUCACAAUCCGACCCCCUCCCAGCCCUUCUGGAACCAUUUCAUCAGGCUACGGCCAAAGCCAGAGUCGAUCUGUUCCCAUUUACGAGAUGAAGUUUCCCGACCUUUGCGUGUACUGAACCGCAGAGUCUUCAGCAUCGUGGCAGAGCUGAUUAACCUUUAAAGACAGGGGAGGGAUUUGAGGACGGGCAACUGAUCCUCACUUGGAAGUCCUUUUGACCGUAGAAUAAAACGUCCACAGUGCAUGUGGGACAAACUCGGCUGCAACUUAAGAACAAGCCACUUCUUAAUUAACUCGGCUCUCAGAUUUCUUUUUAGCCUUUGGUUGCAGCAAAAUCAAGCUGGCUAAUGUCAAUUAAUGCAGCAGGUCUAAAAACUGGCUUAAUUUACAAACUCAACCAGUUGGAUUUUCCCAUUGGAAAUGGCCAAUAACAUUUAUGAAAUUUUGACAAUGUUGUUGCAAAUCCUGCAACUGCAAAUGUUAUUGGCACAGUAAUAAUGAGGCAUUCUUUUGAUUUUCUUUUUCUCUUGUUUGUCCCUUGCAGGGUGCCAUACUACUUUUAAUCAUACAAUUAGAUUGGCCAAUCUUCCUUAUUUCUGCUGUUAUUUUCUCUGUUUUGAUAGUUUUGAUAAAUAGAUUAUAUGUGAAAUAGGGGCAUUUUAAUUUACUUGACAGUGUAAUUUUGUGUAUGUUUGAUGGAUCGAUGUAAAAAGUUACUCUUACAAUCUCCCACGUUACUCGGCACUUAAACGUCUGUCUUCAGUGUUUAAUGCUGUUAUAGUUUUGUUUUGCUUUCUUAGUGUUGGCCAGAAGUGCUUUUUUUUAUGUCAGGCGUUUGUUUCCUAAUUAUUGUUCUAUUUAUUAUUUAGUUUUUAGCUGUUUUUAAAUCAAAUAACCGCUAAUCAAAUAAACAUUAAAACACACGUUGCACCCGUCUUGGCCACACAUACUCCUGAAGCGUUUACCGUAAAGUUUACCCAGAAAACAAAAAUACUUUUUUCUUUCCAUAUAUAAGUGUACAUACAGAGGAAUAUAUAAAUCUUUAAGCGGAUGUACAAAGUAGGGACUGUAUGUGUGUGCAGGCGUGCCUGUGUGUGUGUGUGUGUGUGCGUGCGUGCGUGCGUGUGUGUGUGUGUGUGCGUACUGUAUACUUUAAUUUUAAACUGCCACUUCUCUGGUUGUGUCCACAGUUGAGUUACUAAUCUGCUUAGUAUCCACAUACCUGUUGUCAGAAUCUCUAGUCAGCAGUAAACACUAGAAAAAUGUGAUCAUCUGGAGGCCAUGAAGUAUUAGUCUAUUUUUUGAUUUAAAAAAACUUUGAAUUCUCCUUUUUUUUUUUUUUUUUAGCAUCAGUAUAACCCACAAGAACAUGUUUCAGCACCAUCAACCUUCAUUGUUGCCAAUACAUCCUCAGUCCUGUAGGAAUGGGUUUGCACACAGCCUACCAACAGCGGUGCACCUGUCUCAUCACAAUCUGAAAAGCCAUUUUGUGUGCAUGUGAGCACACACACAGCUAUUUAAAAAGAAAAAAGACAAGAAGAAAACAACAAAGUAUAAUGGCAAUAAUUUGGCACGAGCCUGGCUUACACAGUCCAACUGUUGGUAGCAGAUAUUUUUAUGUAGGUUGAACUGUGCCUCCUGUCGUCGUGCUGCUGUGAUGGUUCUGUUACAUGAUGUUUAUAGAAACUGCCCUUCCCUCACCUGCGCUUCUGUGAAUGAGCUGCGUCAGGCCUGCAGCUGUCUUUAAUGUGGACAGUGGUCUCUGGUUUGUCCCUGAUUUGUCACGUGUUGUAGUCCAGUAAGUUCCAUUAUUUUCUCAUUUUUAGAAUGUAUUGACCAAUGUAUGUAUAUUCGAGUCCAUAUGUAUCAGUGUACCAACCAUAUGUUCUUGUUAACCUUUUUCUUUUUUCUUUUUAUGGUGUGAGUAAAUAUAUGUGUUCAUGCGUUUGUGAGAACACUCACUCGUGUCUUUUAUUGUCAACGCCAGAGACACAGUUUACAGUUUUGCUCAGUGACUCUUUGCACCAUCCUAAUGAAGACAAACCUAUUAAAGGAUAAUGCACCGCUGUCUAAACCCUUCAGUGAUACAUUUGAUCUUUUCAACAUCUUGGCAGUGAACAUCUGUAAAUCAGUCAGUGUAUGUUGCAUCGUGUAAUAUUGUAAACCAAACAUACUUUUUUUUUUUUUCAUUACAUGUCUGGUUGAUAGCUCCUUUACGAUGUAGUGCUGUAGGUCAAAUCUAUUCAUUUUGUGGACUUUGCACUUUAAAAACUGGAUUACCUAGUGAAAAGGCAGCUUUUACAUGGAGGAAUUGCCUUAUGCCUGUCAUACCUGACUUUGCAUGCUAAUGAUGUUGCCGUGUUGUACAAUAAAUGUAUCUUCAACCAUGAAA